AUGCUGCUGAACUCGUGCAUUACGCCGCUUGACAAGAAACGUAGUUAUAGAAGCGAGAAACCGCUUCUACCGGUGCUACCCGCACUGAAAACUGGUGCUAGGUUGAGCUCUAGUGACUUGGAAGAGGAAGAGUUAACUAGUACAUCAAUUCGUAAAGAGAAACAAAUAGAAGAUGUAGCUCAGACACAGGCAAUUUCUGCUACUUUAAAGCCCAAGGAUCAGGUCAUGAAGACUAGGACGGUCUGCAAGCGGAAGCGGACGACUCGCAUGCCGCCAUGUCAAGUAAAAGGCUGUCCAAACAUCGCCGUAUCUCGGGGCUCCUGUGUGCGCCACGGUGGCGGUUCACGAUGCACAAUAACGGGGUGUCCGAACCGUGCUAAGCUUUACAAAAAGUGCUUCCAGCAUGGCGGCUUUAGGACAUGUGCGACCGACGGUUGCACACGAAAGGCAAAGUGGUACGGACAUUGCUGGUCUCAUGGUGGUGGACGUAUCUGCGAGGUUCCUGAAUGCGAGAAAGUGUCGACACAGGGAGGUCUGUGUUGGGCACAUGGUGGUGGCAACCGGUGCAAGCUGGACGACUGCAGCCGUCGCUCGUAUCAGAAGUACGGUUAUUACUGUGUGGAUCAUACGAGUUACGGAGAAAAGACAAAACGUUGUCGGAAGGCUAGUGAUAGAUUUGGCUCCAGUUGGGUUGCGUCGGGUACAAAUUUGCAUUAG